CAUAUGUUUGUAGGGGUGAGAAGGAGCAGGAUGAUGGUACUUUCCUCCCCGUCAGCCCUGAAGAGGAUUUAGAUUCCCAGUAGCUGCCCUGUUCAGUGGCCUUGAGGAUGUACGGUGAUGGAGAGGGCACCGUGUGGGACCGGGUCGGACGUCCCCACCGGGACUGUAUGUGCUACCUUGGACCUCCUACUUCUUUGAUGCCGAUCGGGAUGCGCAAGUCCCCCGACGUGAGCCCCAGAAGGCUUUCGGACAUCAGCCCUCAGCUCAGACAGCUCAAGUACCUGGUGGUGGACGAGGCCAUCAAAGAGGACCUCAAGUCCUCCCGCUCAGUUGAGGACAUCAACAGCGCGUCCAUAGAGGAGCGAAUAUUAAGAAUCACCGGCUAUUAUGGAUACCAGCCUUGGAGUGCAAGCUACAAUAGAGAAGAUCGCACCAGGGAGAAUGUGGUUGGCACCACAGACGCACACUCGGCUGGCGGAACGGCAGGAGCAGAGUCCGGCUCCAACAAACGGAGGCUCCACUGCUGCAUCCGAGUAACAACUGUACAGGUGCGCAAGGCCUUGUGGGGAGUCGCCAUGGUGAUGUGCGUCUGCUCCUCCUGGGCAGGGUCCACCCAGCUGGCUAAGCUGACCUUCAAGCAGUUUGACGCCCCCUUCACCCUCACCUGGUUUGCCACCAGCUGGAACUGCCUCUUCUUUCCCCUCUAUUACAUCGGCCACCUGUGCAAGAGUCCAGAGAGGCAGACGCCCAGACAGAGAUUCAGGGAGUGCUGUAGGUUUUUCGGGGACGACGGGCUAACACCCAAGGUGUUUUUCACCAAGGUGGCACCCUUUGGCCUGCUGUGGAUCCUCACCAACUACCUGUACCUGCAGGCCCUCAGGAAGAUCAACACAACAGACGUGUCAGCGCUCUUCUGUUGUAACAAGGCCUUCGUCUUCCUGCUGUCUUGGAUUGUACUCAGAGACCGCUUCAUGGGGGUCAGGAUCGUAGCUGCUAUCUUGGCCAUAGCAGGCAUUGUAAUGAUGACCUACGCUGAUGGAUUCCACAGCCACUCAGUCAUCGGCAUUACGUUUGUGGUAGCCUCUGCUUCAAUGUCAGCGCUCUACAAGGUGCUCUUCAAGAUGGUCCUGGGCAGUGCCAAAUUCGGAGAGGCUGCACUCUUUCUCAGCAUCGUUGGAAGCGCCAACUUUGUUUUCAUCAGCUUCGUGCCGGUCAUCCUGUAUUUUACACACGUGGAGUACAUUGGCUCACCUGGUGACAUCCCCUGGGCCUACCUCUGUGGGGUUGCAGGCCUGCUUUUUGCUUUCAACGUACUGGUGAACUUUGGCAUUGCGAUAACAUACCCAACAUUAAUAUCCCUUGGCAUUGUCCUAAGUGUUCCUGUAAAUGCCAUGGUGGAUCUCUACACUUGUGAAAUUCAUUUCAACACAGUGCGCCUCAUUGCCGUGUUCAUCAUCUGCCUGGGUUUCCUCAUGCUGCUGUUACCAGAAGACUGGGACCAGUGCAUCAUCCAGCUCAGCACAAAGCUGCGCAAACGUGACGAGCCAGCAGAGGUCAGCGGGGAGGCAGGCGCCACCACAGGGCUCAACUGGAGAGGGAGAUCCAGGACCUCCAUGUCAACCUUUGCACACUAACUCCAUGAAUUAUCACCAUGCAAACAAACACAGACAC